AUUUAAAAUAGAGUAAUCGUUGAGUAUUAUUUAUUAAAAAUAUUAAAAUGGCCGAUGAUGCUGAAAAUGAUGAUAAAUGGUUGUAUGGAGAUCACUCUGAAAUUUUGCCUCAAGAAACAGCAGAAAAAGCUGUCGAAGAAAGUCAAGAAAAACAAGAUGAAGAAGAAAAGAAGGACCAAGAAAAUGAAAAUAGUCAAAAUAACGCCGAUCAAACGGAUGCCGAACAUACAGAGCAAUCAACCGAAGAAGAGGCAGCUAAAGAUAAUGGUGAAGUCGAAAAGCAGAAUGGUGAAGAAGGCAGCGAAAAAGAAGAGGGUGAUUACGAUGAGGAUAGCGACGAUGAUGUUAAUGUAGUUAUUGGUGAUAUUAAAACCAGUCCUGCAUAUACCUCUUUAAAUAUAAAAAGAGGUGGUUUAUUAACUUCAACGACAAAAGGAGACAAAAUUCCACAAGCACCUCAAACAGGAAAGUUUUCUGUUGAAGAAUUUGAUCAACCUGGGAUGAUAAACGGAGUUCCUGCAGUGGAAUAUAAUUUAGAUUCUUUAGAAGAUAAACCAUGGCGGAAACCAGGAGCAGAUAUAACAGAUUACUUUAAUUAUGGAUUUAACGAAGAUACUUGGAGAGCCUACUGCGAAAGACAGAAGAGAAUGCGUUUAAAUGAAUCAGGGUCUGGGCUGGUACCAUUAAAUUCAAUAGGAAUGCCAAGAGGGCCUGUACCCAUAUUAAAUGAUAACAGUAAAUAUUCAGGCAAUUACACAGGAAUUCGUAAAGCAGGUCCUCCUCCUGGAAGACGAAUGACUGGAGCAAUUGACGUAAUUGGUGGAGCUGCAACUCGAGUUCCUGGCACUUUAGGAAAAACUGAACCUCCAAAAGAAAAUGUCAUUCAAGUCAUGACAGCUGAUAGAAGAGAAUACAGCAGAAAACCAGGAUUUCCAGAUUUAACAGUACCGCCACCUUCAGGAAACUUUGAAGAAUUCCAACCAGAAUUUGGCUUCAAUCCAGAACCAGAGCCUUUCUAUGGGGGUUAUGAACCAACACAGGACUGUCAAUGGGGUACUGAACCUAAUCCAGCAUGGCAACCAACAGAAAUUAAAGCAUUAACCCCUGGGCCUGCCCCUGUUGUGCCAGCUCCUAUACCACCUGUUAAUAUGGGUCCUCCACCUUUUAUAACUGUCCCUCCUCCUACAAAAGAAGCUUCACCAGUAAGGUCACAUUCACGAGAAAAAACAAAGGAGAGAGAGUCAAAUCGAAGGGAACAUGAAAAAUCAAGGGAUAGGGAAAGAUCUCAUAGGAGAGAGAGAUCAAGAAGUAGAUCAAAGAGACAUAAAUCUAGGUCUAGAAGCCCUAGUAGAAGAUCUCACAAAAAGAAAAAGUCAAGGAGGCAUGAAGACAGCGAUUAAUUAAUUAAUUAAUACCUAAUUAUUUUAAAUGGUAGAAUUUUGGUAAAUUAUCAAAAAAAUAAAUAAUUUUAAGUAAAUUUGUGUAAUGCCAUAGAAAGACAAUUAAUGUACAUACGAAGUACCCUUAUACCUCUUAGAAUGAGAAAAAAUAAAUAAUGCAUUGUAGUAUGCAUGCAAUUUAAAAUAU